AUGCAGAAGAUAAAGGAAGUGAACCUAAAAGUCUCUUACACCUCCCUUCUAGAUUUUCAGGUGACGGUGUUGGUGAUCUACAUCAUCAUCCUUCUGGCUGUCUAUUUGGCACCACUCGCAUUCAGCUGCCCCUGCAUUAUGGACCGGCACACACUCCGACCCCGGCCAGACAUCAUUGGUCGACGGGGAGCUCCUAUGCUGGCCCCAGAAAACACCAUCGUGUCCUUUAACCGAGCUCUGCAGAAUGGAGCCAGCUCCCUGGAGGCAGACGUCACUAUCAGUGUAGACGGUGUUCCUUUCCUGAUGCGGGACCGCACGUUGAGACGAACCACAGACGUUGGGAAGGUGUUCCCAGCCCGGCAGUUUGAGGAUGCUUCUCUCUUCAACUGGACAGAGAUUCACUCUCUAAACGCAGGCCAGUGGUUUCUGAAGAGCGACCCCUAUUGGACCGUAGAGACCCUGACUGCCAGGGACCGCCUCAGGAUAGGCAACCAGACGGUCUGCAGUCUGGUGGACAUGCUGCGUCUGGCAGCCAGGGCCAACGGCUCCGCUCUGCUCGACAUCCGCCGGCCUCCACCGGAGCAUCCGCGCCACCGCAGCUGGUUCAUGGACACGCUGUGGGCCGUGCAGAAAGCUGGGAUUUCCCCCAAGAGGGUGACGUGGACCCCCGACACGGACAGGGGGAGGGUGCGAGGGCUGCCGCAGAGCGCCAAUGAGAAGCUGUCACUGGAAGAGAUACGGCAGAGGGGGAUAACAAGCCUCACCCUGCACUACAGCAAGGCCAGCCACACAGACAUACAGGAGUAUCUGGCCCAUAAUGUGAGUGUGACUGUGUCCGCAGUCAACGCGCCCUGGCUCUACUCCGUCCUCUGGUGCAGCGGGGUGUCUUCUGUGUCCUCUGAUGCCCCACAAGUCCUCCGAAAGGUGCCUUACCCCAUCUGGCUCAUGAGUCGGAGCGCUUACCGCUUCAUCUGGCUCACGUCAGAUCUGGUGUCCAUCGCCUUAGUCAUAGGGAUUUUCUGUUUUCAGAACUAUCAUAUGAUCAGGUGGAAGAUGAGCGGGAUGCAGAACUAUAACCCGGAACAGAUCGUGCUCAACGCUGUGGCCAAUCGGACUAAUCGGGACCUCAACGUCAUGAAGGAGAAGCUCAUAUUCUCAG